UUGACGAGGUGUGAUGAUAUUGAUAUGCAUGGCACAAGCAAAGGGCCUGACGAUGCACAGAGGAGCUACUCACACACUCAAAAGCUUAGGGCAGGCACCACCUAUGGCUUCCGUAAGACUGGUCGUCGAGGUAAGGUACCUUGGAACAGAGCAACAGCGCUUGGAAACCCGUUGAUCUCUGAUCUCAUGUCCUCAUACAUGUUGGGUCUGCACAAACGCAAGGUCACCAAAGGCGAAACUUCAACUAGUGCUCGAGCCAUUAGUCCUGGUAUUCUGAAGCAGCUCUAUGUGCAUAAUCAUAAGCACGAAAACUGGGAUAACAAUCACCUGUCCCAGGGAAACUGGUGUGGAGGAAACAUGCGGCGAUUGCUCCAGGCUGUCUACCUCGUAGCAUUUACAUGCUUACUCCAUAUUGACAAGGUGUUGAACAUUCAGGCCCAUGAGGUUGAUCUCUACAAUGAUGAAGUUGAUAACACUGCCUGUGUUUCGAUCACCCUUCCUUUUCAUAAAAAUGCGCAAUUUGGUGACAUACCUCCAUUUGUAUUACGAGAACUGCCAGAACAUAUGGCACAUCUCUGUCCUGUUCGAGCUCUCGCCACAUGGAUUGGCACCUCAAGGAUUAACAAAGGGAAUCUUUUCCCCAACAUCGAUAAACGUGACUGUCUCAACACUGCCAAGAACACCGCAAUGAAACCAGAGGUCUUCCUGCAGCUCUUUCGGAAUAACCUGUGGGACUUGGGUAUCACACCAUAUCCCUAUGGUACACAUUCUUUUCGCCGUGGUGGAUGCCAGUGGUUCUCAUGUGAUCUCCAUUGGUCAAUUCGACAAAUCUGUGAGUGGGGUGGUUGGAGCUUGGACUUUUCACAUAUGACAAUUGUCAAGUAUUUGAUUUCAUCAAACGACACUCCAACUCUUUGUCGUGAUGAAUUUUUCAAGCUUGACCACCAAGUAGUCAAAUGCUGGACCUGUGGACGAACAUGUCCAUGUGCUUAA